UGACCAGUAGUAGUACUAUCAAAGCAUGGCGCUGAAAUGGGGUAUAGUUUCAGCCGGCAGAAUCUGCCAUGACUUCGUAACAGCAGUUCAAACUUAUCCCGAAACAGACCACAGAAUUGUAGCAAUUGGUGCUAGAGCACUGACUAGUGCCCAAAAAUUUGCCAAAGAUCACCAAAUACCAAAAGCCUACGAAGGCUACGAAGGAAUUGCAAGAGACCCAGAAGUUGACAUCGUAUAUGUUGGAAAUUUAAACCCUCAACACUUCGAAGUCUCGAAGUUAAUGUUAGAACAUGGGAAGCACGUUUUGUGUGAAAAACCUCUCACUCUGAACGAAAAACAAACUCGGAAAUUGGUGGAACUGGCACGCCACAAGAAACUGUUUUUGAUGGAAGCAGUGUGGUCUCGCUGUUUUCCAGCCUAUAAGGAAAUGAAGCGAUUGAUCGAAUCUGGAGCCAUUGGUGAGGUUCUCUUUGCUUCCGUGCACUUUGGACAUGCUUUGCAACAUGUGGAAAGACUCAAAGCGGUGGAAAUGGGAGGAGGUGCCAUCUUGGAUUUGGGAGUCUACAUGUUGCAAUUCCAACAGUACGUUUUCCGUGGACUGCGUCCCAUCAAAAUUGCAGUCAAUGGCCAUUUAAAUGACCAAAAAACCGACGAAAGUGCCGGUGCUAUCAUCACUUAUCCUGAUGGCAAAAUGGCAGUGGUUAGCACUUCGGCCAGAGUAUCGCUACCAAAUGAAGGCACUGUUGUUGGCACCAAAGGCACAAUCAGAAUGCCCGAUUUUUGGUGUCCCACUCAACUUAUUACGCCCGAAAAAACGUACCACUACGAGCUGCCCAAAACACCGGUUGCUUUUUUCCAUAAGAACAGUGCCGGGUUAGCUUACCAAGCUGAAGAAGCGCGACAGUGUAUCAAAGCUGGUAAAACAGAAUGUCCCCACAUGCCACACCAGGAGUCAAUUGAACUAGCCCAGCUGAUGGAUUUAUUGAGGAAAGAAGUUGGGGUUGUUUUUCCGCAAGAUUUUGAAUAACCACUGUAUUUUGACGAAGAUUUCGAGAAAAUUUGUAUGCAAUGUAAUUUGAUUCGGAGAAUAAUAAAGAACUUUGAAAGAG